GUUGCAACACCGGUUCUUUGCCUUUUUUUCGCUCGCUUGACAAGCAGUUUUAACAACAACCUGCAAACACUCGCUGUAUUUCUCGGACUGUUCACGAUGUUUAAAAAGUUUGAUGAAAAAGAGAGUAUUUCGGGAGUGCAGCAACUGAAAUCGUCGGUGCAAAAAGGCAUACGGGCAAAGCUAAUCGAACAGUUUCCCUGCGUCGAGAGCCACAUCGAUCUGGUGCUGCCGAAAAAAGAUGCUUUCCGGAUAGUGAAAUGCCACGACCACAUCGAGAUACUCGUCAAUGGCGCCGGAGAACAGUUGUUCUUUCGCCAUCGGGAUGGACUUUGGAUGCCAACCCUCAGGCUAUUUCAUCGGUUUCCAUUCUUUCUGCCAAUGGAACAGGUCGAUAAGGGCGCCAUUCGGUUCGUGCUAAGUGGGGCGAACAUUAUGUGUCCGGGUUUAACAUCUCCCGGCGCGUGCAUGACCAAGGUGGAGAAGGGCACAGUAGUAGCAAUAAUGGCUGAAGGAAAGCAAAAUGCACUGGCUAUCGGAUUGACCACACUGUCAACGGAUGACAUUGCCAAAGUCAACAAGGGAGUAGGUGUAGAAAACUGCCAUUAUCUCAACGAUGGACUCUGGCAGAUGAAACCAAUUAAAUAAAUAAAUCGUCCCAAGGGCGUUUUCCCAUCUCGGUGAUUUACACUAGCAAUGGAGUU